UGACUUUUUUUUUUGUUCCUUCCCUUUCCUUUCUUUUCUCUAUUCCUCUUUUGAGCUUUGCUCUCUUCUCAAACGGAGAGACAAAAAUAAAAGAAAUACAUUCAACUAAUACAAACAACCCGUCAAGCGCUUCUACAACCAUGGCAUCUUCAAGUAGCUCCGCACAGGCCGCCUUCGGGCUGGGCCGGAGAAAGAAGAACCCCGGGCUCCUGGAUCAGAUAGGAAAGUUCUUUGGAGGGGACAAGAAAAGGAAGGGCAAGGGUUCUUUCCGAGGUGCUCUCUCUCCAGCCCCUCAGAAAGCGUCUGCCACCUCGCCACGUAAACGCGGAGCAGAGAACGCUGUGGUCCAUUUCUUCCGCACGAUCGUGUCCCCCGCCCCUCCUAAAUCUAGGUGGAGGGGACUAGCUGCCAAGAUAGGCCUGGGCCAACAGAAGUCAAGCAAGAAGUCCGGUGCAGGUGACGGAAAAGGCUCCCUGACUAGGAUGUUCAAAAUGUGAUGAUAUCAGCAGCAAAGGUAGCAGGAGUGCUUCCCCAGCUAAACGCUGAACCCCUCCCUCCUUCUACAACCCCUUCCAACACCAAGAGGGUAGAUGUAUGCAAGCACAUCAGGGGGGGACGAAAAAAAAGAGAAGAAAGGAGGAAAUCUGGUCAUCUGCCUUUUUUUAACACCCUAAUGUUGCUAUAAUAUAUAUUUAGCUGAUAGACAGCAACACAAUCUCUCCACCCCCUGCUAAGCUUCAUGCAAAGUGUGUGCCAGUGUGAAGCUGAGAUCCUGAAGCCGCUCACGUGUGCAGCCUGAAUGAUCCCCCCGUCUAUGUGUACAGUUUAGGUUCCUGUCUCUCCUUGGUUGGUUUUCUAACAGAAAGGUGGCUAAACCCGAAGUAGGCCUGGAGCAGCUGAGGGUUCGGGCCGGUGCAAGUAUCACUGACUUGACCGUUGUUGCCACUUGCUGAUUGGUUGAUAAGACCGGGUCACUUCUGGGUUAGAGAAGAGCAGAUUUCUGUCUUAUGUCUUUGUCUUCGUCUCUCCCUCGAUCCUUUCCUCUUAGCAAUUAACUCUUUGUUUCUUUAGCUUUUUCUUUUAUUAUUCUUAGUUGUCAUUUUUCCAUUCCACCCUUGUUAAGCGUCAUGUUAUGAAUGCAAUGUUUUAACCAACUUAAGGCUAGCAGGUAGUUCGGCGCAAAAAAGGAGACAUUUUCUCUUUAGUUCACUAAUAAUUGACAAUUUCCUUGUCUAUAAGCGUAUGAGUUGAUAAUAAAGUAUAAUCUGAACCCUAAUGCUGCAGACAUGCUUAAUGCUAUGAUGUAGUCUGCUGAUGAUUGUUGGCCCUGUUUUCUGUCACGCACUUAGAGCUAAAUUCAGUUGGCAAAAUGUGCAUUUCCUCCCGACUGCCAAAAACACUAUUAGCUGUGUUUCCUUCUGGUGAAUGAAUAAACACAGUUUUCAUAAAGGUGCUCUGUGAUUAACUCUGUAAUGACACAAUAUAAAGUUUUCCUUGAGAAUGUGCAAGUUUUAUGUAAAAAAAAAACAAACAAAAACAACAAAGAUCGAUGAUUUUAAAGGAAAAAAAAAAAAAGCUCCAUUCCUUCUGUUUGCUCGAGCCUUUUGUGAGUUCAGUGUGAGUUUUUUUUUCUUUUUGCUGAAUGGAUCCCAGGAAUGAAUGUAAACACCGUCCUCAUUUCUGUACGUGUAAUAAAACAUGACCGGCCUUUUUAACUGAACAUUAAAAGAAUAAAAAAAAACACAUAAACCAACCCUA